GAACUCCAUUAAGUUUCCUUUUACUUGAUCGAAUAAACCAAAAUUCAAUUAUUUCAACUACAUUAAAUGGUCUUUCAAAUUGGUCAAGACUCUCCAGUUUAUGGCCGCUUCUUUAUAGCACCAGUUGUUGCUUCAUUGAAUUUGCUUCAUUAAUAGGCUCACGAUUCAACUUUGAUCGGAUCAAGAUUAACGGAGAGAAAUGAUCUGGAGCAAACUGGAUCAAAUUUAUGGAGGGAAGAGACAGAGUGUCUCCGGUGGUUAGACUCGAAAGAACCCAACUCUGUAGUCUAUGUGAAUUUUGGGAGCAUUACGGUUAUGACAUCCUAUCAACUGAUUGAAUUUGCAUGGGGGCUUGCAAAUAGCAAUCAGACAUUUUUGUGGAUCGUCAGGCCUGAUUUGGUUGCCGGUGACGCCGCAAUUUUACCGCCGGAAUUUGUGGCAAAGACCAAAAAUAGGGGCCUGUUGGCAACUUGGUGCCCACAGGAGCAAGUUCUGAGCCACCCUGCCAUCGGAGGAUUCUUGACGCAUUGUGGGUGGAAUUCGACCCUGGAAAGUAUAUCUGCCGGGGUUCAAAUGAUUUGCUGGCCAUUUUUCGCCGAGCAACAGACCAAUUGUCGGUUCUGUUGUGCAGGGUGGGGGAUUGGUAUGGAGAUAAACAGUGAUGUUAAGAGAGAUGAAGUGGAGAGACUUGUGAGAGAAUUGAUGGAGGGGGAGAAAGGCAGAGAGACGAAGAAGAAAGCUCUGGAAUGGAGGAGGAUGGCGGAAGCAGCCACGGUGAGCCCUUCAGGGUCCUCGGCCAUGAAUCUUGGCAAAGUUAUCAACGAGGUGCUCUUGUAUCCAUGAGAUUAGGAGGCUGCAUAUCUUCAGGUUUAUUAGGCAUGUACCUUCUGGAAUUAUUUUGUCUUUUUGCUUUGAAUUGUUUUUCUUUUCUUUUCUUUUUUUUUUUAAAUGAGAAUAUAUAUAUAUAUAUAUUUUGUUUUCUGUGUGUGUAAUUUUUACUUACAUUAUUUGUUGUGUAGUAACGUGACGUUAAAUAAGGUUAUACAGAUUAU